AUGAAGAAUGCUAAUAGCACCUCCCUUGUUUGCAUUUCUUUGGGGUUAUUAUUUCUCAUGCUUUUCAAUAUCACCAAUGCUGAAAAUUGGGAGCAACCAAGAAGAAAUGUCAAUCUAAGCCCUUUUGAGAGUUGGAGGAGUGCUUACUUCUGCUUGAUGAAUCAAUCAAAUGCUUGCAACCACAAAACAAAUUACAUAAUCACACUAAAUGGUACUCUAAACGUGCAAGACUCUGAAAUCAAUGAAUUCUGUACUAGUGGUUGCUAUGAUCACACAUUAUUGAUCUUCAAAUGCAUUCAAGAUGUCAACAGAGACUUCUAUUUUGCAACUAAAGCACCCUACUCUUUCGUCAAGAAUGUUACUAUGAAUGCAUGCAAUGAACUUAAAGGUUUUGAUACAUCAAAGUAUAAGGAUCCUAACAGUGCCACAAGUUUGUAUGGGAGAAUUUAUGUGCCACUUAUUUCAACACUUAUGACAAUGGCCUUCAUUGCCACCUUUGGUGUGUAA